CAGCAUCUGGAACAACUGCUGCCUUAUUUGUUCCCCAGUGAGGAACACUGGUGGGUUUUUUCCUACUUGAUAAUUUUAGAGUUCAAAUAAACAGCAGUCAGUUGAGAUUGGACAGCACUGACAAGAAAGCUUUAGUUUUUGUCCCUCUCUCUGCUUACAAGAACGUGUGCAUGCCCACUUAUUAAUGCAGGAGAGGUGAAGCCAUGGCUGGCUUUCUGUUAGUGCAAACCUGUGCUCGUGGAGCCUUCUUUCUGCCAGUUGGUAACCACCCUCACUCCAAUUCCCUUCUCUAAAGGAGAGCUUUUAUUCCCCUCCUGAUGUAAUGGCCACACAGGCAUCUUGCAGGCUUCCCUUCCUAGACUAAAGCUUAUUUUCUUUUUUUUCUGCUGCUUGAUUUUGAGUGGAAAGUGCCAGUAAAGACUAAUGAGGAAUGUUCUUCAGCCAUCCACGUGACAAGAAAUACCGAGUUGGUAAAGAACUAACUUGCAUGGUCCUGAGUUAUGUGUAGCUGUGGUCUUAGAACCGUUUGUGUCCAGGCUGGUAACUUGUUUUGAAGUUCUAAUUCACCUUAGUGUACAAGCUGUCUGCUUCUGAAGUGCUUGGUUUUUAACGGUACGAUCUCAUUUCUGCAAGCUAAUUUUGGAAUACUACAAUAAGCAAAAGCCUGAUAAUUUCCAGCUCAGUCGGAGAACACGGCCAAUUCGGCAAUGGCUGAACGCAGCAGUGCACGCAGGGAAAAGGUGUGCUGACUUGUCAUGCCCCGAGGACCUUGUGGGGCUUCAGAGAGCCUGCAGGUAAUGGACCAGGAGGGAAGAGAUCUUGUUCUCAAGUAUUUAAUAUGCUGACUUGUAUUGCUGCAUGAAGGUAAGAUGAUGUGUUCAGUCGUGCUCAGGUCGCCUUGCCCUCCUUGUCCCCCUCUGGGUCAAAAAGGGCCUGUUUGGGAACAGAGCUCAUUGUUUCGGUAGAGUUGGGAAGAUGAGCUACAGCACUGCGUCUGUAGGCCGUGCAUUUAUGCACCUCAGUCUCCUUUUCAGACAGGACGUGAACCUGGAUGGCUAACGGGGCUGUGCUGGGCUCUGAAAGAUGAUGUGGAGUUUGAUGCCACAGAUCUGAGGUUUCUUUUGAGCAUGUGUCACCGGUGUUAUAAUCCCAAACUUCUCGCUUUGCUGCAGGGGCAGUGUGCAGUCCUUUGUUUUCCUGUGUCCCCUCGCAGCAAAGCACCGUCACCAAGAAUGGCACCAGGCAGUGCUGUUAAAGGGCAGCAGAGCUGGGUCUGGCUUCUUGUCAGCCAAAAUGCAGAGGGAGCCCUUCCCAGAAAACUCUGCAUCUGUAACAUGAUAAAACCAUUAUGUUUUCAGGUCAGAAAGGACUGAUGUUGGGGAUGAACAGAAGUGAAAUAUUUCAUCCUCAUACCAUCUUGUUGCAAUAAUUUUUUAAAAUACUCAGAAUUCCCCUGCUGGCAAACCGAAGUGCCCUCCCUUGGUUCACUUUGCUCUUUCCCAAGUCUCUAUCAGUGCACGUGUGACUGAAAACCAACCUGUUUCCUCUGCUGGGGAGCUCUUGUGAACCCAUCUGGAGGCAGAACCGAGGGAGCAAGGGCUGAGUGCUGUGGGAGGAGGCAGUGCCUGUUCAGAGCAGCUCGGAGGAGGAUGCUGCUGUGGUAUGGCACAGCACGUCCACUGGAGGACACCACGAAGGGGCAGUUGUGGCUGCUAGUCCACCUCUGGUCUACCCAAAAAAAAAGGAUGCCGUGGAGCUGCUCUGCCUCUGUCUUAAAGUAUUAAGUUAAAAAGAUGGAGGCCUUUGUUCUUUUGCUGUGCCCAUCUGGGCCAGACCACCCCUGCCCUGCACACAGGAGACCCCAUCCCUCGUGGUGGCUCAGUUUUGGGUGUCUGCCCCAAUGCAGCUCGUGUUGUCCCACGCUGCCUGUGGGUGGGCAUCCUGAGCGCAUCCCACGGCUCAGGGAUGGCUUUGCCAACAGCUGCCCCGUGUGCUGGUGGCAGGGACCCUGCAAAUGGCCUCGCUGCCUUAUGGCUUGGAGGCACAGGUCCUGGAGGGUGGAGCUGCCUUGGGAGGAGGUGUGCUGGGGAGGCAGGGAGAGAGGGAGUCUGCUGGGCUGCGCGCUCUCUGUCCACUUGCUGUUGUGAAGGAAUUUUUGACCUGACCAGACCCAGCUUUUUAUUAUACCGGCGACAUUUCCGACUUGUUUCCUACUUGGAGGAGUUCAAGAAUUUCUGCCAGCACUUUUCCAGAGGGAAGCCAUGCCCUGCCACAGAGCCCUGCGCCCGCUCCUGCUGACACUGUGCCUCCUGCUGCCCGCUGCGCUGGCAGCAGAGCACCCACGGGGCCCGCUGCCCACGCUGUGGAACGAGCCGGCCGAGCUGCCCUCCGGAUCCGGCCCCUUCGAUGCCACCACCACCGCACGGCUCUCCGAUGCCACCGCCUUUGCCCCGUACACCUCCGAGCUGGAGCCCGAGGACACCACCCACCUGCACCGGCUCGAUGCUGGGGACGGCUCGCUGGGGCCCGGAGCUAUCGGUGCCAUUGUCAUCGCCUCCCUCCUGGGUACAUCUGUGCUCGUGGCCUUGGUUGUCAUCACGCUGAGAAAGUUCUCUGCCUCCUGAACUCAAUAAAAGAUUUCUGUACCACAA